UUUAAGGGCUUUAAAAGCCAGCUCAGAGGCUAAACUGAAAGUGUUCUCUGUACAGCUGUGGAUAAUCAUGUUGCAGCUCCUCAUACUGGCUGGUUGGCUAUUAAAAGCCUGCACGUCGCAGAUUACCGGUUAUGGAAACACAACAGCUGACUAUGGCAGUGAUGCACGUUACAGGUGCGCAGUAGCCAACCAUUCAGGUGUGCGCCAGGUGACAUGGCAGAGGCUUUUCAAAGACGAGUCCAUUGAGAAUUUGGCAACCUACAGCAAGCGGUUUGGACAGCAAGUGAACGAGCCUUACACAAAGAAAGUGAUCUUCACAGAGGCGUCUCUCAGCUCAACGUCAAUCACGCUGGCCAAUGUCACGUGGGGGGAUGAAAGCUGCUAUAUUUGCUCUUUCAACGUGUAUCCCGAUGGGUCCCAAAGAAAGCAGACUUGCCUCACUGUGCAAGGGAUAUCCGUGUUUAAAACAGAAGUGCAAGGUCCCAGCCGUGAAGAGGACAAAGAAUACUUGAAGGUUGUGUUCAGGUGCUCUGCUACAGGUAAACCGGCUCCAACCAUUCAUUGGGACUUCUCACCUAGUGCCACCCCGGCAGACCAACCACAGACCACUUCAGUAAGGAACAGUGACCAGACUUUUACCAGCAGCAGCAACAUCACCCUGCAAGUACCCCCCAACUGGAAAGGAAAUGUGUAUUGUCUGCUAAACACUGGGUUAACGGGACAGAGGCGGGAGAGGAUUCCCUUUUCUUUACCUAAGAAGAAGGAGGAGGAGGAAGAAGGUCUGACCUCUGUGAUAGAGAGCCAGCAGACUGUGAUGGCAGCAGUGGGAGAAGAAGCUCAGUUAAACUGCCAGCUGAUGCAAUCUAAAGAUGUUGUGCAGGUCACGUGGCAGAGACUAUUACCUGAGGGGGAAGAGAAUCUAGCUACGGACAACAAAUACUUUGGUCAAACAUUGAAUGCUGGUUUUGAAGAGAAAGUGGAGUUUAAAUGUGCUGGACUGCAGAACAGCUCCAUAGCUAUCAGGAAGGUGACGGAGCAGGAUGAAGGAUGCUAUCGCUGUUUGUUUAACACCUACCCUGAAGGUGCUCUCACUGCUACAACCUGCCUCCAACUCUAUGAGCUGCACGAAGCCAUCCUCCGUGUUGGAGAAUCAAGCUCUCCUGGAGAGGCGGUGGUGUCCUGCUCGGCCACGGGUCGCCCUGCUCCCACGGUUACGCUGACCGUCCCUCACCACAACUCUUCCAGUGUCACCAACCCCAACGGCACAGUCACUGUCACCUCCACGGCUGUGCUGCCUCGUCUCCAUGACGACCGCACACGGGUUGGAUGUGCAGCGCGAGUGCUCUCUGGUCGUCAGUUCGAGGUGUUUACCGUGAUUCCUGCGCUCCGACAGCCGUCCGCUGAUGAUUUCACUUUGAUCAUUGUGUUGUCCGUGGUGAUGGCCGGUGUUUGUGUUGCUGCAAUCAUCAUCGUCUGGCUCAUAAGAAAAUAUUGCUACUGUCUGCCACACAGGGACUCUGAGGAGAACAAGACACCACAGAAAACAACUAAAGAUGCUUAUGAGCCCAAAACACCAUUAAUGAGUGAAGUGAAUGAGUUAUGGCAGCGGACGUCUACUGGAAGAAAAAAACAUCGCAUCCACUCUAAAGUACCAUCUCCAACAGUAAGGGUCAAGCUAUUUAGUGACACAGAACCACCCCCAAGGCCGGAGUCCCUAAAGGAAGACCGUUGGACUGGAACAAACCUGCCUUGAAGCCU